AUGAGUGGGCACACACCAGCCAAGGGAGGAUACCGCGGUGCAGCUUGGUUGUCCUUCUUGGCUGUCCUCGUCGGCUUCCUCUAUGGGUUCCUGGCACCCGUCGCGGGCGUCAUGGCCAUGGCCUCCAGCACGAUGUACGGCAACGUGAAGCAGUGGGGCGGCACCAACCACUUGGUCGUCCCUACCGGUCUCCUUCAGGAGCACUUUGCGGACGGCAAGAACGUGGAACCCGCCUGGGCUGCGGACGCUUUCGGCGGAGGCCUGAUCAGGGUGGACAGCACCACCUCCAGCGUGAUGCGGCGGCUCGCCCCAGCAGAGGCGACGCCACUGAUGAUUCCGUUCGCCCGCGACCUGCUGAAGGGCGCUGGCACGCCAGGUCGGUACUUCGAGCUGUACGCGGCUCGCAAUUACUUCGGCCGCGACGACGAUCACGAGUCGUCCGCACUUCACAACAGGGGCAACGACAGCGUCCCCGCCGCGGAUGCCGAGGAGCUGCCUUACGUGGAGCCGGCAUAUGAGCUGCGGCGCGUCCUCGCGCUGGCCCGAGCGAAAGGUGAGCGGUUCACGCUGAGGUACACUAAGGUCCCGUGGUUUGGCACUCCGCAGAGUUACGCCGCGUACAAAGGCGAGCAGGUGGUGCUGGAAGAGGACGCCGCCACCGGCAAGCGCUCUUGCACGGUCGGCGGGGUCCAGUGCGGCGACUCUGAGAUUGCCUUGCUCCCUGCGCCCCAGUGGUGGCUCACGAAGAUCCUGCACCCGUACCCGCUCCCGAUCUUGCCAGGGGACGUCCGCGACGUCCACUGCAGCACGUAG